GCAAACUGUAUGUUUAUCACGAAUACCAAAGAGGUCAGCACCAUUCUGAACGUAUGGUUCGCCACGUUGGAAGAAGUUGACGGGUGAUUGCUACUUGUUUGACGUUAGGGAUUUAUUUCUGUAAAAUACACUUAAUUACUGUUAAUUUGAUAUAUUAAGGGACCCAAGGAUGAAGAUUAAGGAGUUACUCAAGACUGUCAAUGUAGCAUGGUCACCACCGGCUCAGCAUCCUAUAUUAUUGGCUGCAGGAACUGCAGCCCAACAACUUGAUGCAAGUUUUAACACAUCUGCCAGCUUGGACUUAUAUUCCUUAAACUUACAACAACCUGGAUAUGAUUUGGAGCUUAAGAUCAGUGUUGCAAGUGACCAUAGAUUUCAUAAAAUAAUAUGGGGUUCAUAUGGUAAUAAUCCAGCUGGUAUAAUUGUCGGAGGCUGUGAUUAUGGCAUUAUAAAGAUUUAUUCAGCUGCUAAAAUGUUAGCUAAUGAUAAUAAUUACUUGAUAAGUAAAACGGACAGACAUACAGGUCCAGUUAGAGCACUUGAUUUUAAUCCCUUUCAAGCAAAUUUGUUAGCAACUGGUGCAACAGAAAAUGAAAUUUAUAUAUGGGAUAUUGUUAACACAAAUUCUCCCAUGACUCCUGGAGUCAGGAGUCAACCACUAGAAGAUGUCCAACAUAUUGCUUGGAACAAGCAAGUGCAACAUAUCCUUGCUUCCACGUUUUCACAACGAUGUACUAUAUGGGAUUUGAGAAAAAAUGAGCCAAUUAUCAACUUAACAGAUACAAAUACAAAGGUAAGAUGGAAAGUAGUUCAGUGGCAUCCAGAUGUUGCAACACAGUUGUGCUUGGCAUCAGAAGAUGAUCAGGCUCCUAUAAUUGAAUUAUGGGAUUUGAGAUUUGCAACAUCACCCUUGAAAACAUUCCAAAAUCACCAACGUGGUGUCCUAUCAAUUGCAUGGAAUCCACAUGAUUCCGAUUUACUCUUAAGUUGUGCCAAAGAUAAUAGGAUAUUGUGUUGGAAUCCUAACUCAGAUGCACCAAAUGGUGAAGUAAUUUGUGAAUUAGCACAAACAAAUCAGUGGAUUUUUGAUGUCUCAUGGUGUCCAAGACAUCCUGGGUUAGUUGUGGGAUCUAGCUUUGAUGGGCAUGCUGCAGUUUACUCUUUAUUGGGAGGACAACAACGAAUGUCAGCAGAAACAUCUAACAAAAUUGUAGAUUCUUUCCCUGGAAUGGAUCCUUUCACGCAUGCACCACCUCCUGUACAGACAGAACCAGCAGUCACCUUGACAAAGGCUCCAAAAUGGUUAAAAAGACCAUUUGGAGCAUCCUUUGGUUUUGGUGGUAAAUUGAUAAUAUUUGAAAAUGGACCUGUAGAUCCUAAUUUACCUCCAAAUUCAAAUAAAAGAGUGAUAAUAUCACAAGUGGUUACACAACCAGAAUUAAUUCAACGUUCAAAUGAGUUGGAGGAAGUUCUUAAAACUGAGCAAUAUAGUGAUUAUUGCAAAGGGAAAGUUGAUAAUACUACUGAUAUAUAUAGAAAAAAGAUAUGGAAUUGUGUGGGAGCAUAUUUUAGUGAAAAUGUGACAAAGAAUAUAUUGAAUUUACUUGGUUAUAACAUAGAAACAAUGAAUAAUAAAUUAAAUCAAUUCGUUUCACAAGAAGAUGUUAAUAGUAUUACAGAAGGAGUUGGUAACUUGAAUAAUGUACUUAAUGGAAACAUUAUUGAUGGAAGCAUGGUGUUCGAUGCUAUUGCACAAGAAUCUAAGAAAACAUUAUUAACUGCUGCAAAAAAUAAAAACAUUCAAAUAAAUGUGUCAGAUGAUGAGGAUGGGCUUAUAACUCAAGCAAUCCUCUUAGGAAAUAUAGAAGCUGCUGUAUCAUUGUGCUUUGCAAAUAAAAGGUACGCAGAUGCGGUCAUUCUUUCAAUGGCUGCUGGACCUGAUUUGUUAGCACGUACCCAGUACAGAUACUUUUCAGAACAUUCUGGAGCUCUCAAUUCUCUUAUCAAUUCAUUAGUUAGUGAAAAUUGGGCUGAUGUUGUUAACAAUGCUGAUAUAAAUUGUUGGAAAGAAGUGUUGAUUGGAAUAUUUAUUCAUUCCAAUCCACAAGAACGAUCUGCUUUGUGCGACAUGCUUGGAGAUCGUUUAGCAUCAUCUGACGAUGUAACACUCAAAGAACAAGCUCAAAUUUGUUAUAUUUGUUCUGGUAAUUUGAAUAAAAUGGUUGAAUCUUCCAAUGUUGAAAUUCAGGAAAUAGUAGAACUAGUAGUUAUAAUGCAGAAAGCAUUAGAAACGCAAAAUAUUAGGGACGUACCAAUAGAAGGAAAAAUUGCCAACGUUUUGUCUCGUUAUGCUGACAUGUUAGCGGCCGAAGGAGAUCUCGAUUCUGCACUAAAUUAUUUGGGAAAUAGUCAAGAUGAAAAAGUCGUAAUGUUAAAAGAUCGCUUGAUGCGAGCUUUAGGUUAUAUUGAAGAAUCGAAAGUCGUGCCAAAAGCACCAGCAAUGCAAGCUUAUUACGAUCGAACCAGAAGAUCUGUAACUGGCAUACAAGGUGUACAAAAUCCACUGUCUACUGGAUCAACAAGACUCUUUUUCGAUUCAAACAUUGCUGCUCCAACGAAACAAUCUUUCGCACCUCCCCCAAAUCAAUUCAGUACUCAACAGCAACAACAAAUGUUUGGAAUAUCUCCGCUUCAACCACAUGUACAAUCAAUGCAACCUGUACCAUCUCUGCAACCUAUGCCACCUAUGCCACCUAUACCAUCUAUGCAACCUAUGCCACCUAUACCAUCUAUGCCAUAUGAUCAAAUAUCUCAUUCUUACACUUCAACAUCCGUUCCUCAAUCACUUCCACCACCACCUCCUUCAAGUGCAUCAAGCGGAAUCGGAUCUCGACCACCUAGCGCCGGACCGCCAGCGAGAUCAAAAUAUAUAAUAGAUCCGUCUGUUAAAUCUACUUCAACAUACGGACAAACUGGUUUUCCUCAACAAACAUCGUCGUAUCAACAAAUUCCUCCAGUAUCAGGCUAUUCUUCAUCAAAUAUGUAUCAACCAGAAGUUCCUAUGCCGACGAACACAUACUCCGGACAAAGUCUCGUAUCAAAUGUUAAAGAAACUGGAACUUUUAAGCCAGUUCAACUUAAUGUAUUAUCGCCACUGCAAAAUCCACCUCAAAGUCAAAUGUAUGAACCAAUUAGAAUGCAACCAAUUCAGCAGACUCAAAUGUAUGGAAGCGAAAAUCAGCCACCAAUGGAUCGCUCAAACAUCUAUCAAGCACCGGUACAGCCUGCUGGAUGGAAUGAUCCACCUGCUGCAAAGCCCUCUAGGAUACAGUCAAAACAAGAUUAUCAGCCACAAAACCCGAUUUUACAUCCAUUAAGAGGAACCCAACCGCAACCCGAACCAAAUGUAUUGCAACACGACAAAUUUUAUCCGGAUACGCAAGCAUCUUUCAACCCGCAACAAUAUCAUCAGAAUAUUCUAAAUCAAUCCAAUAUCAGUCAGAAUAUUCCAAAUAUGGCUGCUCAAUAUGCCAAACCAAUGGAACCUACACCACCGGUCGCAAUUGCCAGAACACCGGAACCGGAAAAGCCAAAAGCACCGAUUCCAGAACAGCAUAUGCACUUAAAAACAGUAUUCGAUGAAUUAAAAAAUCAGUGCUUUGAAAACGCCAAGAAUCCACAAAUUAAACGCAAAAUAGCAGAUGUAUCCAGAAAACUCGAAGUUUUAUACGAUUGCCUUAGAGAGAAUAAGCUGUCACAGAAUUCUUUACAAGGAUUACAUCAAAUAUCACAGAUGAUACAAAGUGGAAACUAUACUGGGGGUUUAGAUCUUCAUACACAAUUAGUUUCAGGUCCAGAUUUUAGCCAGAUAGCUUCUUUCAUGCCGGGUAUUAAAGUAUUAUUCCUAAUCGCUCUUCAAUUGAAUGUCUAUAUUAGAUAGAAUGCAAUAUAUAAAACCUGGAAUA